AUGUCAUGGCUCGCCCGCUCUCUCGCCACAUCCCUCAACAUCCCUGACGAUUCAGGCGCCGACGAUGACCCGGACGCCACCCCCCACCCCUUCCCCCUCUGCGCGCAUCCCGCCGCCGCCGCCGCCGCUCCCCACUCACCCGCUGCAUUCGGGCGCAGUGGAGGGCGUCAAGGAGGACCUCACCGAGCUCUCCAAAACCCUAACGCGCCAGUUCUGGGGCGUCGCCAACUUCCUCGCGCCACCGCCCGGGGAGACCUCGCCGUCGCCGUCACCCUCCCCUCAAUCGUGGGGGGUCAAUCCGCCGAUGCGAGGACACCGCCCGAGAUCGCCGGUAUCCGGAACGACUUUGCUGAGAUCGGCGGGAGGUUCAGAAGCGGGAUCUCCCGGAUCUCAGGUCACAAGGCCGUGUCUGGGUUCUCUAGGAUGGCCUCUAGUUUCUUCGCUCCUGAUGACUACGCGGAGAACGAGUGGGACGAAGAGCGGAGACGACAUAUUAGGUAUGAGAUGGAAGAGGAGGUGGAGGGCGACGAGGAGUGGCAUCAGUGGGAGGAGAGGGUAGGCCUUAGGGCGGAGGAUGGCGACGCAAGGCAUGAGUUGGAGAUGGAAAGAGUAAGGGACGAAGAAGAUGACGAAUUGGAGGAGCUGAGAACGAGGCAUGAGGAUGAUGGCAAAUUGGGGGAGCAGAGAGCAAGGCAUGAGGAGGAUGGCGAACCUGAGGAGCUGAGGGUAAGGCAUGAGGAGGAGGAGGAAGUGGAGGAGGACUGGGAUGUGAUUGGAAUCACUGAGGAGGUGCUUGCAUUUGCGACAAACAUUGCCAGGCACCCGGAGACCUGGCUUGACUUCCCAUUGCUGCAUGACGAUGAUGAGUCCGAUGGACCAUUCUCAUAUUUUGACAUGUCUGAUGCUCAACAAGAGCACUCCUUGGCUAUUGAGCAUCUUGCUCCCAGAUUAGCAGCUUUGCGGAUUGAACUAUGCCCGAUCCAUAUGAAUGAAGAAUGUUUUUGGAAAAUUUACUUUGUUCUUCUACAUCCUAGACUGAACAAGCAUGAUGCCGAGCUUCUAUCUACACCAUAG